GGUGGUGCGUAACGCUAAACGUACCGAACUAGUGCGGCACUAACCGCGACCCUGAGAGGUUAAUCUUGCGUCGCUCCUCGCGCGAGAGAGGCGCGCUUUCUUCUCACUCUCUCUUGGGAGACGGAACGUCGUCAGUUGAUUUUCUCAUUGUCUUUUUUUCUGUUUUUUUGAUUCGUAGAGUAUUUUUAUGUAGAUCGUAAAGUGAUCCUAAGGCCAUUUUAUGACAAGAAAAUGUUCUAGUUUCAUAAGUACAAAUAUAUCCAGUGAUAAUUUAUUUUAAGUACUCGCAAGAUUUUGCCCGGUGUUGACGAAAAAUAAGUUUUGAAUUCUAAUUUCGUUUGUCCGAAGGUAUACUUUGAAAUGAUUAGUUGGUGGAAUGAAUCCGUAGUGUGUUUAGUGUCUUCCCAGUAGAUUUUGAAGUCUAGUUUGGUGUUGAAAUGGCCAAAUGAUAGAAAUCGCCCUAGGUCAGAGUGCCUCGUUUAAUUCCGUUAUCUAAACAUGUGGACCAAUUCUCUGUUUAAAAUAAAGAAAAUGACCACAGUCACGGACACUUCCUUCAGUGGUUCCUCUUUCUGAGAUCGAGUAACAAGUAAUACCGACCACUGGCGUUUCCCGUGCAAGAAGUAAGCAUAUUUUGUGACUAAUGAAUCAGAGAACAUGGUGGUUUUGACAGAGAAUCAAAAUCUGAUGAUUUUAUCAGCAGUGUUCUUCGGGCAUCUUUGUCUAGUGAGAUGCUCCAGGAAUAAUUAUGAAAGUUAUGUCACGUCGACGGCCUCAUCUUCGUCUUCUUUCCCCCUAAACGACCAUCCAAUCAUAGGUUAUGACGGAACCAAGGAAAUAUCUCCCUCCAAUGUCGCCGUCGACUCAUCUAGUGGGGUCCCCGGUCGAGAGGGUCGUCGCCCAGAAGAAAAUGACUCGAGGAAUCCAGAGCGCAGUCAUCGCCAGCAUCACCUUCGUCGAUCUCAUCGUCAUCUUCAUCGCCAGGACAACAUGAUAGAGCUUCCGAAGCUGGAGUUCUCCGAAUCAGAGUACAGAGCCAAAGUCCGAGAGGACAUUCCUAUCCAAACGUCCAUUCUUCAGGUAAGACUGGCGUCUCCCUCGGUCUUGGUUGCAUCUGACGUCGUGUUCCGAGUGAACGACGAAGACCACUUUGGCAUCGACAGGAGUGGCGUUCUUUACAACAAGAGACCUCUCGACUACGAAGGAACCAACGGACAUUAUUUGCUGAGAAUUAUUGCCGAGUACAAAGGUGACUUGAGAGAGAAUCCCUUUGGAGAAAGAAUCACAAGCGAAACAGCAGCGAGAAUCAGCAUCGUAGACACACCAGAACCGCCUCGUUUCGAAACCGACCAAUAUUUUUUCUCCAUACCAGAAUUGGCUUCCACUGGUGCGUAUGUCGGCGCGGUGAAAGCUUUUGACGAUGAUGACGACCUGGAGGCCUACGUCCUUCAAGAUGUCAGACCGCCCGGCAUGUUCACUAUUGACAGAGAGACAGGCAUCAUCCGAAUUGGACGGAUGUUGACCUCGAUCCAGGACAGAACUUACGAUUUCCAAGUGGGCGCUGUUGAUUUUGCCGGCCAUGUCACAAUAACACCAGUGACCGUCUAUCGUAUAGCUAGCCUUCCGUCUUACGCCCGUCUUGUGCAGAAACCCGAAGAGGAGAAUUUCCACAAGCCCAUCUUCCUCGAGUGCGAUGCUUAUGACGGGAUUCGCGUCAAGGAGAACAUGACGGAGGGGACUCCCGUGCUCAUGGUGUUGGCGACAGACGAAGACCGAGGGAACAGCGGGAUCGUAUCAUAUGCCCUCUUGAAUGAUUUUGGCAGAUUCACCAUCCAGGCUUCCAAUCAACACGGACAAAUAUCUACAACGAAGCGCCUUGACCGAGACGGCGAGGACAAGGAAUUUUACCUGACGGUGGUGGCUAGAGACGGUGGUUCCGGUGCACACCAGGGCUCUUGCUCCUUCAAAGUCAUUGUCGAGGACAUCAACGACAAUCCUCCACUGUUCGAUCAGCAGAUAUACGAAGAGACGAUAAGCACAGAUCAUAUUGCUAGCACUCCCGCGCUGCGAGUGUCAGCCUCGGAUAGGGACUCUGGCCACAAUGCCGAGAUCUCCUUCUCCUUGCAAGGCAACCCGGACGACAUGAAAUACUUUACCAUCAACAGCGACACUGGCAUUAUCACCCUCACCAAAUCUCUGGAGGAGAGUAUGGCAAACAGACGCUUGUUUGAGAUGCGAGCUCGCGCUUCUGACAGAGGCACUCCAGUGUUAUGGUCUUCGGCCGACGUGCGCAUCCAGGUCGUGUCAUCGGAUGACCUUCCCCCAACGAUUGUCAGCCAGCAACCCCUCUAUCCUGAGGUCUGGGAAAACACCACCGAAAACACCGAUGUCCUGACGCUGUGCGCAAGGUCUAAUCUGGCAGACAGCUCGCUCGUUUAUUUCACCCUGCUAAACGGCAACACACCAGACACUAAUUCUGAUGGGACGUUUGCCAUUAGACGGCAGGACAACUCCGACGUGUGUCACGACAGCACAGGCGUGACUGUUUUUGUCGCGACCAGGAAUCUGGAUUUCGAAACGAUCCAGGAAUACACCCUGACGAUCCAAUUAAUAAAUGAUCACAACGCUCGAGCAGAGAAGAAGAUCCAAGUGAGCAUUCUGGACGUCAAUGACAACGCUCCUCUUCUCCAGCCCUUCGACGGAGCUGUCCUGGAGAACAUCGACAGCAUGCUCAUCACCACCAUCAAGGCCCACGACAAGGACGUCUCCCCACAGUUCAGACAGCUUCGCUAUUCCUUCGACGUCAUGGCUUCGGGAGACGUGAGGCAGAAAUUCGCACUCAAGUCCAACGGAGAAUUGUGGACGACGGAGCCCCUGGACAGAGAGGCGUUCAAGCAGUACAAGAUCCCCAUUAAGGUGACAGAUGGCGUCCCUGCACACGAGCGAAUGACGAUCUAUUGGAUUACGGUACAAGACUUGAAUGACGUCCCGCCCACCUUUGAUUACUUGAACGGAAUCUACGAAGUGGAAUUACCCGAGAAUCGAGAAGUUGGAAAGUCCACUGGGGUUAAGCUGUCCAUCAAUGACUCUGACAUUGUGAAUCUUUUCGAAUACCAGAUCGUCGAAGGCAACAGCGAACAGAAGUUUCGAAUCGAUGAAGCAACGGGCGAGAUUCUUGUCAACAAAGUGCUGGACUACGACCAUCCUGUAAAUGAUCGAAACUUCACUCUGAGAGUGCGGGUCUUCGACGGGGCCAACCCUCCGGCUGAAACCAACGUGGUCAUCGCCGUCACGAACGUCAACGAUCUUCAGCCAGUGUUUGAACAGAGCAACUACACUUUCAAUGUCAUUGAAAACACCGACUGCAAUAUCACCUUCGGGAAGGUAUCAGCGAUAGACCCAGAUUUACCCCGCACUGUCAACCAAAACAUACUGUAUUAUCUGUCUCCUGUCGAACAACUCAACUUCACCAUAGACAGCAGGAAUGGAGACCUUUCACUCAAGGGAUGCUUAGAUCGUGAGGCUGCCACGAAGGGCAUAAUGACCUUAUACCCAAGGGCCAACGACGAAGGGGGAAGGGGCCACGACGCUGAUCCUGCCACUGUUCAUCUGGUUAUUCGAGAUCUUAAUGACAAUCACCCUCAUAUACAUUUACCGGAAAACAGUUACGCCAGAAUCAUGGAAAACAUGGAUCCUGAAGAUGUGAAAUCCAUAAUCAUAAAGCUGAACGAUGUUGAUGGCGGUGAAAAUGGUUGUCCUUGCACCAUGGAAUUUGACCCAGAAACCCCGACAUCUUGGUUGGAAAAUUUCAGCCUCCUUCCUGUUGAAGGGUUAAGGUCUACGUACAGACUGAAUCCCUUAGUUUCCUUGGACCGUGAGGAGCAAAAGGUUUAUCCGCUUCCCUUUGUGACCCAAGACCGAAGGGGUCGUAGGGGAAUCCGGCUCUUCAUCUUAGAAGUCGGGGACGAGAACGACUCGCCCAUGUCCAACGGAACAAGCAGGAUUAAGGUCUACAAUUACCAGGGUCAGUUCCCAUCGAUGGUUAUUGGAGCUGUUUACGUGACGGACUUGGACGACUACGACCUGGUUGACAAGGUAUUCGAGGUGGAUGCCACGACCUCGUCCGACGUUGCCAACCACUUCCAAGUGGACGUCAACAGUGGCAACAUCACAAUGCUUAAGGGAACGCCUGCCGGGUGUCACUUGCUCAGGGUGAAGGUUUACGACGAAUUCCGGCGGGAGACUGCAGUGGGCGUGGUCAACAUUACUGUAGUUGACCUGAAUUUCAGUGCCGUCAUGAAGUCCGGGUCUCUCACGAUUGCCGACAUCAAGGCUCAACAGAUGCUCGGGACCGGUAAGGUAGCAAAUACCGUGACGGUUUACGAGCGGCUGAAAGAGCAAAUAGCGAGGAUUCACAAGAUUCCACGAGACAAUGUCGACAUCUUCAGCAUGCGCGAUGUCAACGGAGGGGUCCAGAUCCGGUACAACUGCCACAGUUCUCCCUACUACACAGCGGCAAAAUUGGAUGGACUGUUGAUGAAAAACCGCCGGGAGGUUUCGAAUGCCCUGGGCCUUGACAUCGUCAUGGUGGACAUCAACGCCUGCUUGUAUGAAUCCAAGUCUCCGUGUGGAGGAAAGAGCUGCCAGCACACGAUGCGACCGAACCUCACCUCCCCCCUGGUGGUCGCCAGCAGCACCGCCACUAUGGUGGGCGUCGACAUCACCGACGAAUACACUUGCGACUGUGGGGAGCUCGAACCCCUGCCAUCGGUUUGCUUCAGCGAUUUCUGUUACAACGGAGGGACUUGCAGCAUCAUUGAUAACGCUCUCAAGUGCCAGUGUAUAGAUGACCAUAAUUACGGACCUCGCUGUGAACUCAAGAACGCGAGGUUCGAGAAGAGCUUCGCUUGGUACGAACCUUUGAAAGUGUGUGACAAUUCUACGUUUACCAUAACGUUCAGAUCAAAUAAACAUAGCGGCAUUCUCCUCUACAUGGGACCAAUCGUGGAGUCACCUUGGGAGGAGUAUCCCAAGGACUUUUUGUAUGUGUUUCUCAGGAACUGGGUCCUGGUGACCUACGUCGAUCUCGGGUCAGGGACCGAAAAGGUCUCGAUCCCAAUAGAGAAAAAUACCAAUCGCUUCUUUCAGUUCGUCGUCAUCUGGAAUAAGAAGAAAAUAUCCUUUGAGGUGAUUGACUGUGGAUUCAACUCAACCAUUGGCUCAGGUGAUCCAUGUAAGGUUUCCAUCCCGUAUCCACACAUAUCCAUGUAUCCCAACUUCCUCCUGAACGUCCAAGGACCUCUUCAAGUUGGGGGUUUGGCACCCAUGCCCAACUUUGCCUCCUUAUCGGCGUCUUAUCGAUGGAACUUGAUACCUCCUGUGGUUGGUUAUUUCUCAGGGUGCAUCCUGGAAAUGCGACAGAACGAUUUCCUAUAUGACUUCAAUGCCUCAGACUAUGGUUCUGGGCCAGUACAGCCCUGUGACGCCCCACGAACCUCGAGGGUCGUCUUAGGUCAGCAGUCUAUCAUCAUAAUCCUUGCCAGCCUUUUCUGCCUUUUAGUUUUGGUGUUACUUAUUCUGUGCCUGGCCCGGCGAGGGAGGAAGACCGUCUCCUACCCGGAUUUGGAUCGGGAGCUGGUGAAGGAGACGAUGGGAGGGACGGACCUGGAGGCCUUCGGAGAGAAGGACGUCACCCAUUUCGACCUCAAGUUUCUUCAGGUCACUCCUGACGGAUAUGUCGUCAAAGACGGAGAAGAAUCGAACCUCCCCGACGUGACUCAGGACGCUCGCCAGUGUCGCUCGGCGCCUUUGGCCAAAAUGCCGGAAGGUCUCAGCAUUGGCGAUUUCAUCAACAGCAACAUCAAAAAGGUGGAUCAAGAGCAGCAGGACGGCGUGGAUGACGUCCGUCACUACAACAUUUCCGGAGAUGAGAUGUCAGUGGCAGCGUCGCUUUCAUCUCUGGCGUCAGGCUUCCAUUCCACCACAGGAUCAUCCAAGAGCGAAUUUUCCUUUGACUAUAAGAAUGAUUGGUGUCAUCGCUUCGACAAGAUCGUCCAGAUAUAUGGAAAAGAGCCAGGGCAAAAAGAAGAUCAUGAGUAUAACUUCCAGGAUCUCCCCGAUGAGAAGGGAACCACCUUGGCAGGAACUGCUACCAUCAACAGGAGGAAGCCCUCUGUUACAAAUGACAAGGCCAACUGCUACACUCUACCCGCUUCCCUGAAGAGAAAGAAUGCUGCUUCUUCACCCUCACCGGUGCUUGCGAAAAACAUCGCUAAGCCUUUGACCAGCAGGAACUCUGGGGACUGUGGAGUGCCAGCCUUGAAAGAUUCACCUAAAAGUAUCACCGAGAAAGAUUCCUCCAAAGGUCGUAUCAAAAGCCAGUCGCCACCGAUGGAGGGCCGUAACCUUACCAGUGCUUCUUCCAAAAGCAAAAGUGUGGAGACAUGGUGCUGAUUCAGAAGCAAUUAGCGAAAAUUGCAGUAUAGUUUUCACAGGUCCAAAACGUUGAGUAUAAAUUCACAGUAGUUAUAACUUUAGUGAAGUGUGCAGUAUAAUACUGCAUCAAAUGUUACUGAAUAUCUGCGAAAGUGAACAAAGUGUCUUCACUAGUCCCACUUUUUCAGGUGGAUUCUCAUAUUCUAAUCACGAUAUAACGUUUUUGUUCUUUCUUUGGCAGUCUUCUCUAAUAAUUUGUACGUAACAUGAACAAGAUCGUAUUAUGUGACGUUUUCAAAUAUUAAAAUAAUGCAGUCUUUGGAAAUAUACCAUUAACUUCAAUGCAUACUAAUGCAUAUAGUGUUGGCUAUGAUCUUAUGGAGUAUUAAAACUAGGUUUUUGCAUUCACGUUGGAGUAGCUAAAUUUAAAAGGUCUACAAAAAUGGAAGUGAAUCAUUCUCAAGUGUGUUUACUGGAAAUACAUUAUAAUACCAAUAGUCAAAGGAUAGCACUGACUUUCUUUUGCAUAAAAUUGCACACGGACUUAUAUUUGUGGAGUCACAGCGUAGUAUAUAAAUGACAUGAACAGCAGGUGCACUGGAGUAAUUAAUGCGUGUGCCUUCUAUGACUGCUAUGGUGAUUUUGAAUCGUAUUAGGAUGGCAAUUAAAUCGUCUGACAUACCUGGCAUGUAUAAUUAUAGCCUGACUGUCAUGUAUAAACAGUAUGUUACUUUUCUGUGAUUUAGGUAGAAUAUUGGUAGGUUGUCUACUGCCGCUUCAGUCGAGCAUUGCAACUCAGUAUGUGUCCUAUGGUUCAAGAGUAGCAAUGAUAACAGUUUACUGCAGUUGCAGUGGGGCAGUUACAGAGUGCUGCGAUAAAUGAGGAGCACUAAAUGGGGGGGACAGAUAUUUCAUGAGCAUUAGUUGGUAAUAUUGAUUUCAAAUUACAAUUAGCACUAAAGCUUUCAAACAGACGAUUAACACAGUACUCGGAUGUAACUUUGGUUACCAAAAGUCUUCUGAUUGUAGAUGAGUACUGACAGUUAGUUACUGUAACUGCAGUAGGCUGUUGUUAAUAGUUAUUGUGAAUCCAUUGAUUCUAAAUUGUUUAAAGCUGUUUCAGCGUAAUAUUUGGUGUGCCUGCUGUAUCUGCAAUUGAGUAUUUAUGUGAGCUGUGAUUGCAGUGAACUUCAUAUGACGUGCCUGUUGAAGUGUGGCCACUGAAGCUGAUUUACCCUUGUAGGAAGAAGUGAAGUGAUGUGAAAAUUAACUUUUUGGUUCCUUUCACUUUUUUCAGGCGUACAGUGUAUCUGCGGAGUGAACUUCAAAUCCAGAUAUAUUUCUUUAAAACGCCAAUUGAAAGUCAGGUUCUGAAAUAUUAAAUAAGUGAUUUGACUUAAUAGAAAUCUUGAUUUGCCUUCGUCGUUUAAACUUUGUUUUUAAGUAGAACUACACUCAAGCAAAUAUAAACAUUAGCCUUGUGAUUUUUUUAUUUUUAUAUUGCAUUAGCUCAUAUUUUGUAAAUUACAUUUCAGGGAAUUUUUUGGAGAAUGUACUUUUUAGUGGGUAGUAUGGCCUUAUUAUGUAAAUACAUCCGUGUAUAUACUUUGCUGCAAUUGCUAUUUCUAUUUGUUAAUAAUGAAAGUGACAUUAUCACUGAAAAUGUCUCUUAGGACUUCAUCGGCGGUCUUUGUGUGCAAGUGUAAUUGACAUCCAGCCGAUGUAAGACUUCUGUUGAGUCGUUGGUUAUUGACAAGCGAGUUUUGCAUUGCCGUGAUGUUUCCCCGUCUUCAUGGAGGACUGAACCGUAUUUAGGCAAUGAGUCGUAUGCAAGAUUUUCAGUCUAGAAUUAAAAAUUAUUAUUGAUAUAAAAGUAUAACUGUAUUGUAAAAAAAAUAUGUAUGAGCAAUACGUUUGUAGGAUGAUCGAGUUUUGAAACAGCAGGAUAGAAGAGAAAUCUUUCUCACGGGGUGGACGUAAGCGUUGUUGACUUAGUCGGAUGUGCGUUCCGUUCAUUUUUAUAGUUAUAUUUUGUCGUAAUUUUUCCGUUGUAUCAUAUGUAAAUACUUAUGAAUGAUCGUAAUCCUUUUGCACUACGUACCUGUUUAAAAAUAUUUAUUUUGUUGGAAUGCUUGAUGCUCUUAAUAUACAAUUCCGUCGACACAUUUCAAAUGCACUUGUCUUUAAGACAGUCCAAUUUUUGACAUUCAUUCGAGAAUGAUUAAAAUGUUACCAGAAAACGAAAGAAACCAAAUACGGUUAUGCUGCAUCUUCACUGGUUCUAUUUGCCGGCAGCCAUUUAUCUUCAGUUUGUUGGGUGACGUUUAAGCCCGACCUUUGGCUGGCUUUUCGAAAUUGACGUGCCAUUUAAAUUCCAUGUCAUUCUCUUGGUUGGGAUGUCGUCGCUCCAACUGGAAGGCCUUCCUUCACAAGACCCGAAAUAGAAGGUAACAUUUUAUCCAUUCGCCUUCAAAGAGGGAAAGCUCAAAGUCAGUCUGUUGCUCGAGAGAUUGCAUACUGACGGCACGGGAAAUGGAAGAGGCCUCAAAGGAGCUACAGGCAUAAUGAGAAGUGGUGUCCGACUUAUGUAAUGCUCGAGAUUGUUGCGAUUCCUUCCAUUUCUUCUGCUACAAUAGCAAAUGGGAAUGGGCAAACGCCCUGAAGUAUUGAAAUUAUGAUGUCAUUCAAUACCAUCCAUCAUUAAAAGCUUUCUAAACCGAGAAAAUGAAAUAGUCAUGGAGGAACUUGACCCUCUCUUGUUUGCAGCUGUGCCGAAUACAUCCAUAGGUUCCAACGUCUGAGCUUUUAAUUGGAAUUUUAUAUUAGCGUUCAUUCAUUUCUAGUCGUUCUUAAAUCUCGCCUUUCGUAUAAAAUGCUGUAGCUUAAAACUGAGGUGCGUUUUAUUCCUUCUCUUAGACUGGAGUCUUCUUUGUUCAUGUUUGUACAAAAGGGUAUUUUUAGAGACAAUUUAAUGUUGCUCAAAAUAUGUCAAUUGAGAUUAAGAUAUGCUUGACUUAACAGUCAUUAGCGGUAAACCUCAGCUUGUAAAAUUAACAUAUUACUAUCUGUGAUAUGUAUUGCAUUUUGCUAGUCACUCAUUAUUACGACAACUGUUAUAUGCGACUUACCAGAUAGAAAUAACAGUAUAUUAUAUGAACUUAUGUCCUCCCAUACAAUGCAGUGAAAUGCAUGGAAUUUGUUCAAAUGAAAAUACCAGAAGCAACACACUGCAUUCCAAUUCAGCGUACGACCUGUAUUGUAUCCUUGAGCUAAGGUGAACAAGAAUAUAUUAAACGCGCUCACAGAUGCAAAUGCAACAAUUUCACAAAUGUGUAAGAAACUCUUCACGAUAUGUUUACAUCAUAAAACGGUUAUCUUAUGAGUGCAGGUGUAAAUAAUUGGGUGCAACAAAAAUAAAUUACUAUAUUUUAAUUUGCAAUAGUCACCGGACAUCUUCCGUAAACCAGAAAGUUUCGCUUCCAAGUCCCAAUAAAAAGUCAAUAAAAGCAGAUCAUGAUUAAUGUGGUGGUCGAAAUUUUACGUUUUUUCGUGAAUGAGUUUCUGACGCAGAAAACACUUAAGGUUAAUUUAGUUGUCUUCAAAUGCUGGAAAAUAUGAAAGGUUAAUUUAGUUGUCUUCAAAUGCUGGAAAACAUGAAAGCUCUAAAUAAAAGUAAAAUUGAAAAUAGGCGUUGCAAAAUAAAAAGAUAAUUUUGACGUGAAAGUGAUCAUCUGUUACAAAUGGAGUAUAAUAAUGUGUGUUGACAAAUAAGGUAAAAGAAAUAAUUUGGCAAUGAAACUAGAUCCGGAGAUGGUCAAGUUAGAAAGACUAAUGGCAGAAGCAAAAUUAGAAAUCGAUGUACUUGCUUGUUCAGGAAUACCCAAUCGCUGUUUCACUGUGUUGUGUACCAGUCUUUUGUAUCGGUCAUUUGAAAUA